UUGGCAUCGCUUUUUGCAGACGAUGCUGAAAAAUGGAUCACUGAUGGCGGGACUGAUGGUACUUCAUUCUCCAAUGUCUUUAUUCACGAGAUUGGUCAUUCCCUAGGGCUUGGCCACAGUAAACGAGCCGAUGCCAUCAUGUAUCCAAUUUACAAGAAGGAUAUGCUCGAGAAUGCCUCUUUCGACCUCGAUGACAAAUGCGCUCUCAAUUGGAAUUACAGUGAGUUAGUGAUUGCGUGA